UCAUCAACAUUCUUUCGAGGACGAGAAUCCGGUGGGUGAGAGAGAGAGAGAGAUAGAAUCGGCAACCUUUGAUCCACUCGUAAUCUCUUCCGAUCAUCGUCUUACGUAUCGAAUUGAUAAACUUCUGUUGUGUAAGAAGAGUUUCUCAGAGAGGUUAGGUUAUAAGAAGAAGCAAUGAUUGGGUUGUUUAAAGUAAAGGAGAAGCAAAGAGAACAAGCUCAGAACGCUAGUAGAGGAGGAGGAGGAGGAGCUUCUGUCAAGAAGCAAUCUGCUGGUGAACUUCGUCUUCACAAAGAUAUAUCAGAGCUGAACCUUCCGAGCUCUUGCACGAUAUCUUUUCCCAAUGGCAAAGAUGAUUUGAUGAACUUUGAAGUCUCCAUUAAACCUGAUGAUGGUUACUACCAUAAUGGUACGUUUGCUUUCACGUUCCAAGUUUCUCCUGUGUAUCCACACGAAGCUCCUAAAGUUAAAUGCAAAACCAAGGUUUAUCAUCCCAAUAUUGAUUUGGAAGGAAACGUUUGCCUCAACAUCUUGCGUGAAGACUGGAAACCUGUUCUUAACAUUAACACUGUUAUCUAUGGACUCUUCCAUCUUUUCACGGAACCAAACUCUGAAGAUCCCUUGAACCAUGAAGCUGCACAGGUUUUAAGGGAUAACCCAAAGCUGUUUGAGACCAAUGUCCGCAGGGCCAUGACCGGUGGAUAUGUUGGUCAAACCUUUUUCCCUCGCUGUAUCUAACAAAAAGCUCUGGUUGGUCUUCUCCAAGCAAAAAAAAAAAAAAGAUAAGAACCUGAAACCACUUUAUCCUCCAUUGUAUUUCUCUUAUUCUCAAAGGACCUUUGUUUGUUUGCUUGCUGUUGUAAAAUUACAUCCUCCAUUUCCCUUAGAGACUGAAAGGAAAUGAAAACUCAAAAUUGUGGAUUUGGUUUGUUCGGUUUCAGUUUAUAAGUGUGUGUUAAUGAA